AUGGUAUUAGGGCUUUCAUUCUCAAUGAAGAAAUCAAACGGACAGAUUCCUGACCUGUCACGGUAUCAGCAAUAUUACCUUGACCAUCCUAUAGACUAUUCAAGAAGCAGACUGUCUUCCGACGCAGCAUCAACAGCCGCCUCUCUGCUUUCGGACUCUUCUGCUGGCAGAAGAUUACGGAAUGAGUCGGCGAAGUCACUCUCUAUGGGUCGCCCUAGUUACCUGGGAUAUCCUCAACCUAGGACUUACAGCCUGAAUAAUCAAAAGAGAGCAACUUCACUGAACUCCAAUGUUAGGAGGACUGCUGGUUCUGCUGCUGGUCCUCGAUCUAACUCUAUUAUAGUUAAGACCACUGAAGUGACUGAUAUUCAAGGUCGGACUCGGUCUGUGACGAAACAGACUAUCAGGCGCAUCAAUGGUGUUGAGUAUGUGGAGACGACAACCACUACUACCUUAGAGGACUAUGAAGAUGAGUUUGAAGAGUUCUAUGGUGAUUUUACGAACAGGAAUCACGGCAGUGGACAUCCUUACUAUAAUUAUCAAGGUAAACCAGGUCUUGGCGCAGGGGUAGGUUAUCGAAUAGCUGAAGAGGAUGUAAAAGACGAAACACGAGGUGUUAAAGACGAAGCACGUGGAGUUAAAGACGCCUAUUCUCGUAAGACCAAUGUUAAGAAAACUUCACCAUAUACUUACAGGCAAAAGUCUACCAUUUCUAAGCAGCGGACGAUUGAGCCACCAAGUGUGCCUGGGCGACUCCAGCGUAAUGGUAUUGAUCACACACAAUUUAAAGAGCCGCUCUCAAAGUCAAAGCCUUCUAAAGUGUCGAAAAAGAUGAGUGACCAGGAAAUGUACUUGCAUGCAUUAGAGGCUGCAAAAAGAAAGGUAUAUGGAGAUGAAUCCAUUGUCAACCUAGAGCAACCUAGGACCAAGAAGAGCACCAUGUCAACCAGAACUCUGAGAGUUGAAUCAGAGUUAGCUAAUAUUAAGAGCCCAUCCCCCAUUAAAGAACAUAAAGAAAAACCUUCUAAGAAGAGCGAGAACUCUUACACAUUUAGAAAUUUGGCUUCACCUUUCUUGAAUUCACAUAGAAAGAAUAAUAAGAUCAAUCCUUCAAGUGCGGAUGCUGAGCCUGCAGCCAAGGCAGACGCUAAGCUUUCAAUGGAUAAUACCUCUGUCAACCAAAAAUCUAAGAAGAGUACUGCUAAUGAAGAGUCAAAAUCGCAACAUCCAUUUAAGUUCCUUGCUCCUGUUAUUCGCAUGAAAAAUUCUCAUAAGAAUAAGUCGGUUGCCUCUAAGCAUUCUGAAGACAAAAGUUCUCCAGUUAGCGAGUCUAAAACUGUUACGGAUUCAAGUGUGGAUCUGAAACAUCAGUCCACUACAGUUGUCGAAGCUAAUCACAUUGAUAUGGUAGAAGAUAAACAAGCUGAGCCUAAGGGGACAUCCACCAAUGUCUCUCCUGAGGAAGUAACCUCUGAACCUGUAAUUGCAGACGUCCAAGUUGAAGACAACGCGGAAGAAGACGUGAACACAAAAGUACAUGAAGAACCAGCUAAGGCCAUCGAAGAUCCUACUAAAAAACCAAACGUCAAUCAAUCUGCUGAUAAUAAGGCUACCGAUAACGAUUUACCCACCGAUAAUACUGCGCAAGAACAAUCAGUAACAGAACAGGUGGAUGCUAAUCCAGAUAUCGAAACGCCUAGUGUUUCCGAUGAAGCGGUUGCCCUAAAGAUAGAAGCUUCAGAAGAAGACAAGCGUGAUGCAUCUGAGGAAGAAAAUACCCUGCAGAGCGUUGCUUCCGCUGAACAUGCUGAAACAGUCACGACCACUACCAACCUUAAACCAGAAGAAUAUCGUUCCAUUGCGAAUUAUGAUGCGUACGAUAUAUACAGUGCCAAUGAUGAUGCACCUUCAAAACAUUCCGAAUCUUCUUCUUCGGAACAAAGUUCGUUAAAAGAAUUUACGCCUACAGCUGCUACAUCUCAUCUGGACUCUCCUAGCGUAGCCAAAGGCCGUGUGGCAGGACCACCUCCACCACCACCUUACGGUUUCCUCUCAGAAAAAAUGGAGCCUUCAAGUCCCUUCCCGGAUACUAGCUCUUCAGAGCAUCUUCCUGGUAGCCCCGUAUUCGAUUACGUUCCCCAAUCAAACGAAGAUGAUAAAACAAAACAGGGAGCGGAUAAUCAGAAUGCAGCUGAAAACGCUAAUCAUGCUCUGAAGAUUUAUUUCAAGGAGACAGAAGUUCAGGCAAAUUCUCUGAAAAAGAAUAAGAUAAAGGCUCGCCUACAGGAACCUAAAAUAAGCACGGUUCAAAAUGAUUCGUCGGUGGAUAAGGAAGAGAAUCCCCCUGUGGCUACUUCAAAUAAUAUUUGUCUGAAAAUGCCACUUAGAAAACCUCCAAUUGUCCCUAAAGCGCUUAGAUCGCCUCCGCCAAGAAUAUCUAUUGUUCAUUCGGAUAGCGACGACGCUACUAGCAGUAAUGAUGAGGAGUUUAUGGACGUGGACGAAAUGUAUGAUAAGGCAGUUGAAAUCGCAAUGCGCAGGCGCCAGCAAGAAAAUUCCAAGGCUAAUGUGAUGGAACCUAAGGCCUCAACAAGCCCAACGGAAAGUACGUCUCACAGUACAUCUCCUGAACCACAUAACCUAAAUCGAAAGAUGAUUACCAACCACUCAGUGACUGAAAUUCCUCCUGAGCAAAUCUACAUGACUAUGCCAUCGCCUCCGGAUUCUCAUAAUACCAAAGAAAAGUUGACCUUUUUCGAAAAAUUGGUCAAGUUUACUCAUGAAAAUUACGGUUAUCAACCAAGACGCCCAGACAGUAGUCCAAAUCGUUUCUAUAAACAGCCUCUACCAUAUUCUGCAGGUGAUCAACGGCAGCAGUUCAAGCCGGAUUCAUCCUUCUCUGCGACUAUACACAGACAUCAUGCAGGAAAGAAGGCUAUUUUUUCCAAGUUUUUCAAGAAAGCGCAAUCGUAG